CCCAAGCAAGCUAUGUUUUAUCCCUAACAACGGGAUAUACAAAAUUAAAAAAUUAAAUUUUAAACAAGUGAACUUUUAAAAUUAUGUGUGAACCAAACUAUUCAGAUCCCUCAUCAUUCAUUCAUUUGGAUAUGCUGGCGGAUAUUUUAAUGCGGUACGCCCUUGAGUUUGAGUCGGACUUCAACACCAAGUUGGCGUUCAUCAAGGAGCAAGAGCAAAAAUGCAUGGACAAUUCCAAAAAUGUACUUUCUGUAGGCCAAAUCCUGGGAUCAGUAAAUUGCUGCAUGCUUAAGCUGGAAAUGGAGCUGAAUGAGAACGAGAUCAACUUAAUCGAGGUGGAAAAGGCGAUUACUCGACUAGAGCAGAGUUGCCCGACAGCUGAUAAAAAGGCUUGUCGAAAGUGUCCCCUAGCUCGUGCCACCUACAAUGAUCUCUUAAGUUUGCUCAUGUCUGCAAAUCAAAUGUCCACUCAAUGCAACCACAUAAGGGAGGAGGUCGAGAUGUUUAACAAACAGGCAGCUGAGCAACUUGCUCCUGCAAAUGUGAUUGCCAAGAUCAUUGAUUACCACAAUAACACCCUCAAGUCCCUCGAAAAGCAUAUCGAAGAGAUGCAAAGCCAAGUCAAAAAGAUUCAGAAGGAUUUUGAAGAACUAAAUAGGGACCAUGAAACCAGAGCGGCCAGCACUCACUGUUCCUGCAAAGCAACAAAAUAGUUAAAGCCCAUUGGGAAUUGAAAGAUACAUCUAUGCAUGUAAUCCGAGAACUGAUAACACAUAUCCAUAUGAAAAUUAUAAAUGCUUACAAUGCUGCAAGUUCAA